GACAUCAGAAGGCUCAGCCGAAACUGGUGACUUGGAGUCUUGGUUGCUUCAGUAUUGCGACCGUCGCGGUGCCGUUCGCACGUAUCGAACUAUCAAUAAUAAAAAUAAAUUAAUUUAAAUAAUAAUAUUACGAUUGUAUUACGUCGUUUUGAGUUCGUGGUAGCUUGUUGUAGUGAUUGCGCGAAUCGUUGUUGGUGUUUGAAAAAGUUUUGAAAGUUUGAGACCAUGUCGUGUACGCGGCUAGCCACGGUGUUUGUCCUGCUGUCCCUAGCGGCUACCUCCAGCGCCAUCAAAUGCUGGAAGUGUGGGCAGUACAGUGACGGCGUCGGUUCUAUAACGCCUUGCAGUAACAGGACUGCUACCCGGUUGGAGGAGUGUCCAAGCAACGCUAAAUAUUGUAUUAAAUAUGUGAGCGAAUUGACAACUGUACGGGACUGCGUACCAACCUGCAGCGAAAAAGAAUGGUGGGGAGCACGGACCUUCUGCUGUGACUCAGACGAGUGCAACAGCGCGCACGCCGCGCGACCAAUCACGAUCCUCGCCGUCAUAGCAGCACUGAUCAUCGCAGCGGUUGCGCGCUGACCGCUCCAGGCAACCGGAACAACAAAAGAGCAACCGUGUUAGGUCCUUCAAAUUAUAUUUAUGAG